GGAGGCGCUCCGGGGAAGUGGCACGAGGACCGGAGGAAGUUUUGUCGCGCGCGUGUUUGUGUGUGAGAGAGAGAGUGUGUGUUUGCACGCGGGGAAUACAGAAGCGAAGCCCGGAGAGACGCGGCGGAGGCGGGUCGAAGUGAAGCAGCUGCCGGGAGCAGAGCGGAGCUCCGAGGCGCCGCAGGAGCGCAGAGCCGGGAGACGCGUCUGCCGUGCGAGAGCGAAGCUCCUUCCUCUUCUUCUUUCCCGGGACCCUCGCCUUCGGCCAGCCGCCCUUUCGAUGUGGGACGCGGUCGUUCUGCUCUCGCCAGGCUGAAAUCCUCCCGGGUCAGGACCUCCGUCAUGGCAGCCGUCCUCCUCGGCCUGCUGCUCUUCGCCAUGCAGUCCCCGCCCCUCCCCUCCUGGCCCGUGUCGGACGGGGGGCCGUCCUCGCCUCCCGCCGCCGCCGACAACGGGACCGCCGGCCACGCCAACGGGACCCUGCAGCAGCUGCCCCAGAUCAUCAUCAUCGGCGUGCGGAAGGGCGGCACCAGGGCGCUGAUCGAGAUGCUGAGCCUGCACAGCGCGGUGGCGGCGGCGCAGAACGAGGUGCACUUCUUCGACUGGGAGAGCCACUUCCAGAGGGGGCUGCCCUGGUACCUCAGCCAGAUGCCCUACGCCCUGCCCCACCAGCUGACGGUGGAGAAGACGCCGGCCUACUUCACCGCCGGCAAGGUGCCCCGGCGCAUCCACCAGAUGAACCCGGACGUCAAGCUGCUGCUGAUCCUGCGGGACCCGACGGAGCGCGUGCUCUCCGACUACACCCAGGUCUUCUACAACCGCCUGCAGAAGCACAAGCGCUACCAGCCCAUCGAGUCGGUGCUGGUGAAGGACGGGGACAUCAACCUGGGCUACAAGGCCCUCAACCGCAGCCUCUACUACCUGCACAUGCAGAACUGGCUGCAGUACUUCCCCCUGGACAACAUCCACGUGGUGGACGGGGACCAGCUGAUCCGGGACCCCUUCCCCGAGAUGAGGAAGGUGGAGCGCUUCCUCAAGCUGGAGCCGCAGAUCAACGCCUCCAAUUUUUACUUCAACAAAACGAAGGGAUUCUACUGCUUGAGGGACCACGGGCGGGAGCGGUGUUUACAUGACUCCAAGGGCAGGGCUCACCCCCACGUGGCGCCCGCCAUCCUGCAGAAGCUCUACCAGUUCUUUCACGAACCCAACAAGAAGUUCUUUGAGCUGGUGGGUCGAACAUUCGACUGGAAGUGACCCCGGGGGCUUUAGAGACGCUCUGGGGAUCAUGGCCCCUCACUAACAAUGAAUGAAGAUGAAGCUAAUGUAAAUGUAGGUCUAUUUUUGUACUAGUGCGUUUGUUACAGGCGUAUUUUGGAGCCAAAUGCGAGAGCAGCCUGCAGUUCGUGGCAGUCGCUGUGGUUUCAUGGCUCAUAAGUUCAUCAAGGUUUAUUUACGUAACAACAGCUUCAGAGAAAACCCCAGAGAGAUCUCACAUGAGCAAGCGUAUCGGACAGUGGAGAGGAUGAAACCUCCAGCAGAUCGGUUGGGGUUAAAGGGCGGUGUAGUCCCUUCAAGGUGGAUAUACGAUCGAAUUUUACCUUCUUUUAAAGCAAUCCAGAAAAGCCAUUUUCUAGAAACAGUAGAACUGGAAUUAGUGAAAAUCAGUUCAUAGUAUUUGCUCGUUGUCACAUAUUUCCCUGCCAGUAGCAUAUGCUUGUCUCAGAGAUUAAGCCAUGCAAGUCUAAGUACGCCCGGCCGGCACAGCGAAGCUGCGAGUGGCUCAUUAAACCCCCCAUCCUCUGCCAGUCAGAGGCAGAGGAUGGGGGGGUUGUGGCUUCGUCGUCAAUCUGGCUCAUAGAUACUCGGAUUUGGAAGCGGUUAUUUCCAAUCCUGACUGAAUGAUAGGUGGGUGUGCCCUGGACUGCACCACUGGUUUUGAGAAAAGUCGAAAAACCCAGACAAGGAAACAGCUGACAUCGAAAUUCCAGGAAGAGGCGGAGUCCUGGUAAUCCUGACGGCGUCGCUCGUCCAACUGAUCAAAAAUCUUUUAAAAAUGUUCAGUGGAUAAAAGCUUUUAAAAGAAACUCAACAAGCUGGAUUAAUUUCACUGCUGCUGCCGUUCAGGGUGAAGCCGGACGUGGCUCACAGUGCAAAGCAUCAUGGGAUCAAUCCUAUGACUGAUCAGUUAAGCGAUUGUUCACUGUAGCAAUCUGAUCAGAAAGAAUUGAGGAAACGAGCAUGUAAGCCCAGCUCCAGUUCAUUUUCCUCCUGUUUUGUCUCUCAGCACUCGACUUGUCACCACGGAGCCUGUUUAUGCCUGUUUUCAUUUUUAAUCAGGCUUAUUUCCUCUCAUACAUAAAACAGGACGCCGCCAUCAGCUGCACUUCCACUUCUGAAGGACCUUUUACCUGCUGCUAUGAUUUCCUCCGUCACUUUCAGGCACAUAUUGAAUUUGUCCUCUUGUCGCUCUCGUGUUUCUUCAUCAGCUAUAGAAGCGCCGUGUGCGUUCAUUACUGAUUGUUACGCUGUAAAUGUACAUUUUUUUUAAUUGAAGAAUUAAUACCUUAAUAAAGAU